ACAGUGCCUGCAGUUCCCGCUGGUUCCCGGCCCCUUGAGCAGGGGGAACCCGCUCCAUUCGGUGUCGCGCUGCCCGGAUGAGGGCGGUCCCUUGGACUGGGCCCGACAGCCCCUGUAGAUGUGCUCAGGGAGAUUCUGCGAGAAAACUGUCCAGAAAUAUUAAUGCAGAUGGGUGGAAUAACGUCUCCGGAGGGAGUGGAAGGGAGGUGUGAACUCUGGAAAAUCGCACUCCGCAGAGAAGUGGUACUGAGUGAAGAGUUUGAGCUGCAGGAUGCCAAAUCUUGAUGGACUACUUCUCCCCAGAGUAAGAAAAGAAUACAGAGAGGAUAGAUACUGCAGAUAGAUCCUGACCAUCGCCCAAGAAAAAAACUGAACAACUGUGGCGAGACGUUCAGUCCUUUGCAGCAUUCUUCAACACAGGGAAGACUGCACGGUAAAAGCAUUGUAUGGAAAUCGCUCGGGUCAGGAGAAGUUCGAUGUAUCAUCGAAUCGGAAAUUGGUCAGUGGUGUGGAGCCUUCCAUCAGAACCAACCAUUCUGAAGGUUCGGCUGUGAGUAAUCGGUCAGGGUAAAGCUGGAGAAAAGUGAGAGUGGGUUCCAGGUGCGGUGAGGGCUUCAUUCAUUCAUCGAGCCUCAUGAAUGCUUGACUCAUUCCGACUGGGGAGAGGCUGUUCCGGUGUGAGGGGGGCUCCAUGGGCUUGUAUGAUCUUCAAACACACAAGGUGCAUCUGCUGUACAACUGUUAAUGCAAGAACAGCUUCAUGGAAGAGAAAAUGUUUAAGUGCGAGGUUUGUGACCAAGCCUUUGCACACUCAUCAACACUUGUGAAACACCGACGGAUCCACACUGGGGAGAGACCUUUCAGGUGUGAGGUGUGCGGCAGGGCUUUUGCCCAGUCCUCUGGCCUCAUGUAUCAUCGGCGUCUUCACACAGGGGAGAAACCAUUCACCUGUGAGGUUUGCGACAAAUCUUUCUCGCACUCUUCCCACUUUCGAAGGCACCAGCGCAUGCACACCGGGGAGAAGCUGUUCAAAUGUGAGGUUUGUGACAAAGCCUUUACUAGCUCCUCAACUCUCCUGAAUCACCAGCACACCCACACAGGGGAUAAACCCUUCAAGUGCGAGGUGUGUCACAAGAAUUUUGCACGACUACUGACCCUGGUGAAUCACCAACGUGUGCACACCGGGGAGAAGCCAUUCACGUGUGACGUGUGUCACAAGUCAUUCUCGCAGUUACCGAACCUCCGCACGCACCAACGCAUUCACACAGGGAAGAAGCCAUUUCGCUGUGAGGUCUGUGAGAAGACUUUCACCCGGUCCUCUGAUCUCCUGAGGCACCAGAGGAUACACACUGGGGAGAAACCCUUCAAAUGCCAUGUGUGUAACCAAGCAUUCACACAGCCAUCAACACUGCUGCAGCACCAGCGCACUCACACUGGGGAGAAGCCGUUCAAGUGCGAGGUGUGCGAUAAGGGAUUUGCCCAGUUAUCAGGCCUCCUGUAUCAUCGGCGCAUUCACAGGAGAUAACUAUCGAA